ACAGACAAACCCUAACGGUUAAAAACAAAGACAACGAGAGUGAGAGUAGUUGACCAAAAAAAAAACAAACACUCUCAUCACCAUUCUUCAUCUUUCGCUCGGCCCUUGUUGAAGUCUCGGCGUUCACAUCAGCUUUGUGAGGUCCACCUUCGUUGAAGAUAUGGAUUUAAGGAAGAGAAGUAGAACAAGUGCAGUUGAAGUUGAGGAAAAGGAGAGGGAAUUUAAGAGAAUAACUUCUUCCUGUAAUGAAACAAAGGGUUCAGAGUCAGUAGAAGAAGAACUGUUGAAAGAUCAAAGAGAGAAGGAGGAACUAGAGCAACAUUUGAGAGAAAGAGAGUCAGCGAGAACACGCAAAUUGACUGAACCAAAGGCAAGUCGAACAAGAUCUAAUGCAGAGGAUAUUCAAACAUUGAGAAAGGUUUCAAGGCACGAGUACUUGAAGAAAAGGGAGGAAAAAAAAUUACAAGAACUCAGAGAUGGCAUUGAAGAUGAGCAAUAUCUAUUUGAUGGAGUUAAGCUUUCAGAAGCAGAAUACCAUGAUCUUAGGCACAAGAAAGCUAUAUAUGACGUACUUUCAAAGAAGAAGGGGCUAGAAGGGGCGAAUAAUGAAUAUAAAAUGCCAGAAGCUUAUGAUGAUCAGCGUGGUGUUAAUCAAGAAAAGAGGUUUUCUGUGGCGAUGCAACGUUACAGUGAUCCAAAUGCUGAGAAAGAAGAGGUCUGGGAGGAACAUCAAAUUAGAAAGGCAACACUGAAAUUUGGUUCAAAAGAUAAAAGACAAGUUUGUGACGAUUAUCAAUUUGUGUUUGAGGAUCAAAUUGAUUUUAUCAAGGCAGCAGUGAUGGAUGGAGAUAAGUUUGAUUAUGAAGAAGAGCUUGCAUUGGAAAAAUCCAAAGCUAAGAGUUCAGUUUUAGAGGCACUUCAUGAGGAGAGAAAAAAGCUACCUAUCUAUCCUUUUCGGGAUGAAUUUCUCAAAGCUGUUCAUGAUCACCAAGUACUUGUAAUUGUUGGUGAAACUGGUUCCGGAAAGACUACACAGAUUCCCCAAUAUCUCCAUGAAGCUGGUUACACAAAGAAUGGAAGAAUGAUUGCAUGUACUCAGCCACGGCGUGUUGCUGCUAUGAGUGUUGCUGCCCGAGUUUCUCAAGAGAUGGGUGUUAAACUAGGACAUGAGGUUGGUUACUCCAUACGUUUUGAAGAUUGCACGUCAGAGAAGACUGUUCUGAAAUAUAUGACAGAUGGAAUGUUGUUGAGGGAAUUCCUUGCCCAGCCUGAGCUGGAAAGUUAUAGUGUUGUGAUGGUGGAUGAAGCUCAUGAAAGAACACUUUCAACUGAUAUUUUAUUUGGAUUAGUUAAGGAUGUUGCUCGUGCACGACCUGAUCUUAAGUUGUUGAUAUCAAGUGCUACUCUUGAUGCAGAGAAGUUCAGUAACUAUUUUGAUUGUGCUCCAAUUUUCAAAAUUCCAGGGAGACGGUAUCCCGUUGAAAUACACUUCACCAAAGCACCAGAAGCUGACUACUUGGAUGCUGCUAUUGUCACGACGCUUCAGAUCCAUGCCACUCAACCUCCUGGAGAUAUAUUGGUAUUCCUUACUGGUCAGGAAGAAAUUGAAACAACAGAAGAAAUCCUGAAGCAGCGAAUGAGAGGCUUGGGGACUAAAAUAGCUGAGUUGAUAAUAUGCCCUAUAUAUGCCAACCUGCCAACUGAACUACAGGCUAAAAUAUUUGAGCCCACACCUGAAGGGGCUAGAAAGGUUAUCCUUGCCACCAAUAUUGCAGAAACUUCAUUGACAAUUGAUGGGAUCAAAUAUGUCAUUGAUCCAGGAUUUUCUAAGAUGAAAUGUUAUAAUCCAAGGACUGGAAUGGAGUCUUUACUAGUCACUCCCAUCUCAAAAGCUUCAGCAAUGCAAAGAGCUGGUCGGUCUGGAAGAACAGGUCCUGGUAAAUGCUUCCGAUUGUAUACUGCAUACAGUUUUCAAAAUGAUUUGGAUGAUAACACUCCACCUGAAAUACAACGAACAAACCUUGCUAAUGUAGUCUUAACUUUAAAAUGUCUUGGUAUUGAAGACUUGAUUAAUUUUGAAUUUAUGGAUCCUCCACCAAUUGAUGCCAUAAAGAAAGCUUUGGAGCUUUUAUAUGCACUAAGUGCUUUAAAUGUGGGUGGCAAAUUAACUAAGGUAGGCAGACGGAUGGCAGAGUUCCCACUUGAUCCUAUGUUGUCAAAAAUGAUUGUUGCUUCAGAAAAGUACAAGUGUUCUGAUGAGGUAAUCUCCAUUGCUGCCAUGCUUUCUGUUGGCAACUCAAUAUUUUACCGUCCAAAGGAUAAACAAGUACAUGCAGACAAUGCAAGAAUGAAUUUUCACACUGGAAAUAUUGGUGAUCACAUAGCUCAUCUGAAGGUCUAUAAUUCAUGGAAGGAGAACAAUUAUUCAACACAAUGGUGUUAUGAGAAUUAUAUACAGGUAAGGAGUAUGAAACAUGCUAGGGAUAUCCGUGAUCAACUUGCUGGUCUAUUGGAGAGGGUUGAGAUUGAACUAACUUCAAAUUCCAAUGACUUUGAUGCCAUCAAGAAGUCCAUAACAUCUGGAUAUUUCCCACACUCUGCCCGACUACAAAAGAAUGGUACUUAUCGAAUGGUUAAACAUCAACAGACUGUUCACAUACAUCCUAGUUCGGGGCUGGCAGAAAUUCUUCCUAGAUGUGUUUUAUAUCAUGAACUAGUACUCACAUCCAAGGAAUAUAUGAGACAGGUCACAGAGAUAAAGCCUCAAUGGUUGUUGGAGAUAGCUCCCCACUUUUACGACCUCAAGGACGUUGAAAACUCCAGUUCCAACAAAAUGCCCCGUGGACAUGGACUUGCAUAGUACCAUUCUUUAGCAAAAUUUUGAUGGAACAACACUAAGGGUUAAAUAUCCUUAGGUAUAUCCUUCAAUUCUUGCUGUGAUGUAGUAUUUAACUAAUUGUUUUAUUCACUAGACAUGUUUUGAAUUACAAAAUUGAACUCAUGUAAAUACUCGAGUCUCUUGUUAGUUAUUAUGAUAAUUUUAUUGUAUAAAUGAUAUAGUUUAUCUAUUUAA